UUAUCCUUUUCCUAGUUGCUUUCCAAGUGACUGCAUUUACUAGGCAUGCUCAGCAGUAGCUUCAUGCAGUGCUGGAUUACAAUUCUGUAGCUGCUGCACACCAAGUAGAAGGAUGCAAGCAUGGGGGGACUCCCAAGGCUUUGCAGAGUGAUAUGAAAGAGAGUAAAUGACUGAUACCAGCCAGGAAUAAUAUCCCUCCAUGAUGAAAGACCCUUUGAAAGGAAGGUUCGCCCCGGCAUAGCUGUUCCUCCAGGAAGCGCAGCAUGUUCAGCGUAGAGGACCUCCUAGUUUCUCAUGGGUACAGAGUGUCGAAGAGCACGCUUUCCUCAUAUCAGCACAGGACUGACGACUUCCAACAUGAAGCUGUGGACGCCAAGUCUGGCAAUGGCGUGUUAAAUGGAUACCCGCCAGACCUACCGGACACUAACGCUGUGAACCCCGCCACCACCAAGGGCCUCCUCCUGAAUGACCAUGAAAAGUGUUGUGUGAACAAGAGGAGGCAGACGACUUCUGCAGGUUAUCCCAGGAGCGCUCAAUCUACAGCCACAUGUCAGACCACAGACACCGGGGUCCCUGAAAGACUUCAGACAGAAAAGCCAUGCUGGGCAAGGACAGAUAAAGAUAUCCAGUACUGGAGAAGGAGAGGCCAGGAUUUUAGUGUUUUAUUAAACCAUGGGGGCAACAGACCACCUGGUGAAAAUAUUGCACUGUCCACAGAUAUUGAAGGAAAGAGGAAAUUAAAUUUUAUAGAUAAAAACACCAAGGAAUUUCACAAUAUAGUAACGGAAAAUGUGGAUAAAGUGAAACAGAAAGUAAGAGUGAGUCCAAAAUCAUCAGAGAGCCAGAUGUCAGAUGGCAGUUCUGAAAAGCUAGAAUUCACCCCUCCGAUUCUUGAAGAAGGUUUAUUUUUUGGUCCAAAUAAACAGAAAUCUCAAUUAAUGUUAAAAGUUUCGCCUGAAGGUCCAUGUCAUAUGGCUAUAUCUUCAACUACGGGUGAUGGUUCCUUUGUAAAGGAAAAUAAAAUACCUUCCCAGGAUAAAUAUGUUGUACAACAGGAUUUCAAAAGCUCAUUCUUAAAACCGAAAUAUAGUCGACCCUCAAAGCCACCCUCAUAUGAAGUUCACCAGCAAACAUGGGGAGCUGUGGAUGUAACUGAAAACCAGGAUUACCAACAAAAAGAGGAACAUCACUCAUCUCCUAAAGCGUUAGAGACCCUCCAGGAAUCCUGCUCACAUGACUCAGGCAUGGAACCCCCACAUUAUAUACCUCCCCCAUCAUAUAAGUCCCCGCCUCUACUACAUGCAGCUAACCAACCUUAUAAAAAAGUGCCUCGCUCAAGUGAUUGCAUACGCCAAAAUAUUUCGGUGGAGAAAUCCAGCACAAGUGACAAAAAGCCAACCUGUUGUCUCGGAAAUAAUGGUCCAUUCACCAAACCUGCCAACUACAGGCAUUCUGAACGUUGUAAAAACUCUGUGCAAUACAUCUCCUUCGAUGAUCCACGUAUAAAACAUAUAGCAGCUGCCCAGGAGGCAGAAAAACACAAUCACAGUAAAAAACACAACGAUCACUUUAGACUUGAGCAGUCCAGUCAAGAAAGUAACUUUCGGAAGCGAGAACAAGACAGUGCCUUUAUCAAUCCUAGAAAUGCAUGCCAUCAUUUUGUAAAAAGAGAGGGGAUCAAACACAAGCAAUGGUUGCACAUCUCCAUCCCAAAUCAAAUGUGCUAUCCUCUUUCGGAAAACAGAGAUGGCGCCACUGCGUGCAGUUUACCGGAGGACAGUGAGCCUACCCACAAACUCUCCUUGAAAAAGACCCACUCCGAUAGUGCUUGUGAGACCGUAACAAAAGUUAAAAAAUUUGAGCCUGAAUCAUUUGUUUUUAGUAAAAAAAGUUCAAAGAGAAAACUGAAUGAAACAAUAUUUUGCUUGGUCUCCAUUCCUGUUAAAGCUGACUCUGCCACAUCAGAUAUGUCUAAGAGCAACAACUCUAUAGUAGACAAUGUGGACAGGAUGAACAUGUUAAAACAUAGCAAUGGGGGUCUACAUGAGCAAAGGCUUUUAAGUGGAUCUUCCAGUGACUUGGAGCUGCAAACACUUACAGGAAGCAUGAACAAUAAUACCGAGCUACUAAAACAAGCUCAGUCCAAAACAGAGGAAAAUAAACAAGCAAAUGACCUCAGAUCUGGUGAGCAGAGGAAACACAAAGAACUGACAUAUUCUGGCUCCUGGCCAGGCGAUCAGUACAAAGACCAGCAAACUCAAACUGUUAUUACAGAUAUACCAAUUCCCCCACUCUACAAUGGCGAAAAAGAAAGUGAACUGGAAAAUAAAUCCCAAUUCGUUCCUACAGGUGCAUUGGGAGAUCCACGUAGACAUCCAGAAAACGCUAGACCAAAUAUACUUGGUAUGAAAGGUCAAGUUAGCUUUACGCCGUCUACUAAUAGUGCAUUCUCUAGGACAUCCUUAUUGUUGACACAGAUACCUAGACCCGAGCCAUGCCAAAGGUGUGACCUUCCCAAUGCAAAUGUAGAUGGGAAAGAAAAGAUGGUCAAGUGUGAAAAGAACGAGUUUGAAGAAGACAAUCCAUGCAAUAAAAAGGAGAUUUUUGGACAGUUCCUUUUAAAACCUGUAAACCGGCGUCCAUGGGAUGCUAUAAGCGAACUGGAAAGUAUGAACAAAGAGUUUCAGGAUCAAGAUAGUUGUACGACUUCUAGUGAGGGAGAAAAGAGCAUAGUGAAGGAGCAAAGUACCGUGACCCAGGUGGACUUUACGAGAACAGCAUUAAGGAGAGAGAUGUUGAGCAACAAUAGACAUAUUAUAGAGAUUGAAGAAGUGCCAAUGUUCGAUGUUCUUCAGGAUCAAAGUAAGUUAGAUAGUUGGUGCACAGAGAAGUUGACGUAUGAUAUAAGUGAGGUCGGGGCUGAAUUAUGCAAAUCUUCAAAGAUUAUCGAGGUGAAGAAUAAGGCCGUGAAGUUGUUGGAUGGAUGCUUGAUGGGAGAAACACAAGCUCAGACCAAGAAAGUUGGAGACAAACUAGCUGCAAACACUGGAGCCAUGACAAAGUCAGAACAGGAACAACCAGAGCAAAUACAUGCCAGUAAAACCCCCAACAAUAAAAAACAGCUUUCCACAGAUGUUGGCUUGCACCACUUUAAAGAAGACAAGACAUGUUUUGACCAUACGUUUUUCGAUAUUGUGAAGGUCAGCUGUGCAAAAUUUGGCCAAUUAGGGGACAAUAUGAUCCGAAAGUUGUCCCUAUCUGACAGAAAUCAUGGGCGUUCUGUUCCGGACCUUAGUAAGCAGUUCAUCAGCACAAACCAUAAUGGAGACUUUUAUGAGGAGCACAAUUAUUUGGAUAUUCCGGAGAAUGAGUCUCUACACGAGAGAGCUGCAAGGAUUCUAGGGAUUGAUGUAGCAGAUGAUUGCCUGGUGUCCAAUGGAAGCUCUGAGGCUCAAAGUCCCGAGAACGUUCUCCCUAGUAGUGCUUUACCACCAGACAAGAGUAUAAAGGAGAAAAAAGUGAGUGAAUUUUUUUUUCCUACAAAAGAGACAACAGGAGUAUUCAAAAGUAUCCUACAUUUGCCUUUAGACAAUGAGAAAGCUGCUGAGAAAUUAAAAAACAUUGUUGACCUACGUCAGGAUCCACCUUUUCUAUGUCAGUCUGUUUCAGAACACAGUGAGACAAAUGUUACUCGCAGUGCUGAAAAAAGGGUGAGGAACCCCUCCAAGAAGAUCGAAACAUUACAGGGGAAGCUUGCCUCCACGCCUGUUCGGACUGCUCUAGAUCGCCUUGCUCGAAUGAAGGAGGUUGAUUCUGUUUCUCGAAUGAGGAGGUUAAGCAUUAAAAGCACAGAUUCAGGCGAUGAACUAGAUGAGGAAAAACAGUUCCUUGGGAUGCAAGAUGGAAGAACGCGAAAGUUUUCCACCGGCUCCAUUUAUAAACGAGUCAUCUCCUUGGAUGAGAGUCUACUCCUAACACCAAAAGGAAAAGAAAGGUUGGAUCUAUCAUGCACAGAUGCCUAUGACCCAGCAAGAGUGGAAAGAGUUUAACCUAAACCUAGAGAAUUCAUUAACUACACUGUCGAUGAAUGUUUACCAAAAGAAUAAGAUGGUAACUUUACCUUGUCUUCUCCACCGAAGCAUUUCCGUUAUUUAUGGCAUACCCACACUGCCGUUACUACUGCCAAAUGAAUGCAACUUGUCAUCCGCACUGUACAUACAAUAAGUAAAUAGUUAAUCUAUGAGAAAGAUACAAGGAAUUUACCGGGAGAGUCUUUUUUAGUAAAAAGCACACUGAAGAGCUUUCUGGCCAACUCUUACCGAUGAGGUCUGUAGACGUAACUCCUAUUCGACGAGCACAUUGUGCGUCAUUGUUCCAAUGAAUGUAGUUUCGGACUCUGCAUAGGUAUUGACGCAGGAGGCUAGUAACAACCUGAAUGUAUCAACAAGACAUUGCAUGGACUUGGAGAGCCUGUUCCUAAUUCUUUCUUUUAUAUAUCUUUUUUUUAACCUGUAUUAUGACUCGACUCCUUUAUGAAUGCUUGCACUUUGCUGCAUUUUUGACAGAUGGCUAAACACAUAAUGAACCCAACUCAUUGCACAUCAUUAAACCUUCUUCACCGAUGACAGUUCGGCGGAAAGAGGAAACAAAAAAAAGAACUUUGUUUUGAAGAAUCGAUGUGUGUUUUAUGAAUGCAAAAAGAAAACAAAAAACCCUUUUAAACAACAGCUCGAAAAGAGAAUGAACAUGUCUAAUUGGAUGUGCGUCUAUUCUGCUGGAGAACUGAGAUAUGUUGUGACUGUGGGGGAGGUUAUAAAGCAUUAUAUAGGAAAAAAAGAACUGGCUGCCAUGUAGAGUGUGGGUUAUUCUUCAUCGUGGAGAAAUCGGUAAACAUCACGAUGACGGCUGAUUUUUUUCCAAGGGUGGUUAAAGACUUGGUGCAUGUAAGGAUCUGUAACGUGACGACUUUGAAUGGGAAGAGUCUGUCAGGAGUAUUACAGGGAAUACACACAUACCUGAAGUUACUUGUAGGGUUCGAUACAAUCUCCAAUGAAGUAGUUGGACAUCUAGAUCUCCAGUAUUCAAUGUUCCUCCUUCCUCAUAGCUCUUCUGGUCAACCGUAUGCCAUGACAUUGAGGUCGAUGUACUGGUUCAGUUUCUCAACAUAUACAACGGAAGGAAUGCAGCACCUAUAAUCUCUACCAGUGGUCUUAAACUGUGGCCCUUGAGAUGUUGCAAAACUUCAACUCCCAGCAUGCCUGGACAGCUGUUGCCUAUCCGGGCAUGCUGGGAGUUGAAGUUUUGCAACAUCUCAAGGGCCACAUUCUGAGACCAGUGAUCUAUACGAUACUCUUUUAUUUCAUAUGUUGGGUUGCGAUAGUGAAUUUAUGCCUAUUUCGACAUGCAAUGCCAUAAAGUAUUGAGUCUACAGAUACAUGCUGUAGGUCUAAAUAAUCAAAAGAGGGCUAGCCCUGUGACUACUAGCACUUCACUCAUAUGACACAAGAGUAAGUCUCCAGUGGCUUCUAACAGGCAGUCUGUUCCAAGAUGCUUUCAGAUAUCCAACUUGACCCUUUAUGGAUGGAAAAUAUUUUAUUGUGCCUGAUACCUAUUUGUUUGUACUACUGUAUAUAAGGAAGAAGAGGUGAGCACUGUUGGGUCUUACACAUUAUAUCCAAGGCCAUUACUUUCUUUUGAGAUGUAAAUAUGAAUCCAUUGUCUAUCAUGCGAAGGGGAAAUCCCCAUCUUAAAGCAAUACUGAUACAUUGGAACAAUUUACAUUGCAUCGUUUACAUGCAUUCAUCUUGUUGGGGUCAUGUCCUUAGCCGAUAGGUCUACCCCUUUCCUUCAUUCUUGAUUUCUGCCUUAUUCUGCCAUUGUACUUUGCAAAGCAUGUGAAGCUGUGGAUAUAUAUAUAUAUAUAUAUAUAUAUAUAUAUGUUGACUGUGAUAUAUUCUUCAAAAAUAUCCAUUGUUUGGAGGGAAAAAAAAAAAGGUCUAGCUCUCCUUUGGCUUUGUGGUUGCUGCAGAACGUCAUGUUCUGGUCUACUUGAAGUUCUGCAAUGGGCACAGAGACGGAGGUUGCAUAUCUCUGCACUAGAAUAUAUAUGUGUGUUUUCUGUAGUCUUAGGACAAUGCUGAGAAGCUAUUAGUUUAAGUGCCUAUGUUUGCUACCACCUGGUCACAUUUGAAAAUAAGAAACAGACCCUACAUCCAAAGACAUCUCCAUUGUCAUGCCAAAACUGUGCCAUUGGGUUCCAUACAGACUAGCACUUUAAUAACACAAUUCAUCAUAUCUGGUGGUACAUGCCCUUUCUAGCAUAAGACACAUCAGCGCUCACCAUUCUUGUUGUGUAUAUGUAAUGAUAAUCAUAUAUACUGUAGCUGAAGUACUGGACAUUGCUGACCACAUCUCUCCUUGGUCACGCUCUUUGAUCAGAUUCGUAUUGGGAUUACUGUAAGGUAAAUGUAAACUUUUAAAUAUAUAUAGAGAACAUCUACUGUUUCAGUCCUCAAUUUCCAUGGGCAGAGAUCUAUAUACUGUUAAGUACAGUAAGUAUUUACUGUAUAAAAUCUGUAUUUCUAGAAUACGUACCAAACACUUCCAUUUUGUAGUAGUAUGUAUGGCAAAAUGGGCUCAGUUGUAACAUGCAAGGGCCCCCCACUAUCAAUUUACCUCUAGAAAAUGAGCCUCCUGCCAGGGUAAAAAGACAUUGUUAGAUGUGGGUGGAUUAUCCAGAGCUGUGAACUUUAAACAUCAUUUUUGCUUUCAGGUGACGAUUGGACUGUUGACUUUGGUUUGCACCAUAGAUCGUUGACUUAAAGGGGCCUCAAAAUCCACUGGAAUACUUUUUUUAAACAGUCCUCAGAGAACCCAAACAGGUCAUGGAUUUCCUUGACAUUGCACCAGUGCUUUAGUUAGAUUUCCUAAAUAUAUAUAGUUAGCACAUGUGUUUCCUGUAUGGGAAAUCCUCAAGAAAUGAACUGUCAGGGUUCCUUGAGGACUUGUUGGGAAACACUGCACUAGACCAGGAGGCCGGGCUUAAGGCUAGGUUUAUGUUCCAUUGACUCUGUAUUAUUCUUAAUGUAGUUUUAAAUGUGUCUAGUUAAGUAACAGAUGUUAAUGGAGGGAAAAUGGAUCAAUGGCCUGUAGAGCUAAAUCAUAAUUCUGACAUUUCCCAUGAAGGGAUUUUCCAGUCAGAACUUAUUGAUGGCCAAUCCUCAAAAUAAGUAAUCAAUAUCAGAUUGGCUCCAUUCUCUGUAGUUGCCAUACAGUAACUGCACCUCAGUUACCAUUUACCUCAAUGGAAGCUAAGUUGCAGUACCCUGGCCUGACCACUAUUCAAUAUGUGGAGUAGUUUUUUUCUGGUUCUGUUUCUUUGUGUAGCGGGAGUCAUGGAACUGUGAACUUAUUAGUGGGAAGCAGGGUGUUGGCAUCAGAUAAUGAUAACCUAUCCUAUUGAUGACCUUAUCUGUUGUAGUAGCCUUAAAUGGGUUAUCUGGUAUAGAAACCCACUUUAGUUGGCAUAGAAAGGGAACUCUGGAAUAAUAUAGGAGGAUCUCCUUCUCAGAACCCUUGUUUAUUAUGAGUUGUUACAAAGGGCAUCUCUCUCUCUCUCUCUCUUCUCUCUCAUUUCUCGCUCUCUUUUCUCUCUCUGUCCUCUCUCCUCCCUAUUUCUGUGUGUCAUUCUCUCUCAAUCUGUCUCAUUAGGACCCAACAUGUCCAUUUGUAACAUGGAUAGCCCAUUGAUAUCAUUGGGUAUUGGGUCUGUAUUUCUCCAGUCUCCCUGUAGUGGUGCUACACUAGGAUUUAGCCCUUUGGUCAGCUCCAGACAAAAAGAGAUUUUCCCUAACGAUUUUCCUUUAGUGUGGUUUAUAUUUAAUGGAUGAGGCUACAUGGUGCACAUUGUCUCACAUGUAUUGGUGUUAUUGCAGUACAUACAAAAAUCUCUUUCCAGUGACGCACUGAUUCUCUGACCAUGACAAAGCUUUUAGAUGUUAGCAACGAUACGUAUUUUUUUAAUGAAAGGACAUGAAAUACUGUAUGUUCAGCAUUAAUGCAAUCUAAAUGGUAUUGAGGCUGAAUAGAUUUAUAUAUGGAUGCUAAAUGAAUAGGAGUGUAGGCUAAAAAUACUUAACAUUAUCUCAUGUCAAAUAUCUCUUUAUUGGGGUAAUCCUUUGGGAAUUUUGUUAUCAUUUGAAACAUAUUAAGGAAAACCAGGGGUAACAUUUUGUAAAUGAGAUUUUGUUAAACCGGACUUCUUAGCAGGAAAACGGGUGUAAAAAAGCCUAAAUAGGGCUAUUCAUCAUGAUUCUGGUGAUACCUAUUUUAUCUCCAUAGUCACAUUAUGCUAAAAAAAAAAAAAACAGGGGGCAUUCCUCGAAACGGCAAGAGUCAAGAUCAGGCUGGACUUACCUGGGCUCUUGCUGUGCUAGGGAACACCAUCUAAGCACAUGAGCCUAAAGACAAAAAGAGUUAUGUCAAAUCACUGGAAAGAACUAUGGAUAUAAAUACAAUUUUAUGCCCGGAAUCCUGAUGAGAAUCCCUAUGUGGCCAUGGGCUUUUUGCACUCAUGUUUUUCUGCUGACAGGUCCACUUUUAAGUAGAUAUCCAACCAAAGACUAAGAUAUGACAUUACUCAUUAAUCAUUUUGUUACUGCGGGAAGUCUUUAUUUUGCAGGUUUAGCUGCUUAUAUUUAAGACAUUUCCUGUCUUCCGUUUUAAGGACACAUAGUAGGUGUCAUUUUUUGCUGCCAAUUCUGUGUUAGGGUACGUUCACACAUACGCAGAUUUGAUGUGCAGAUUUGAUGCACAGGAUUUUCUACUCCAGAUUUCAAUGUAAACUAAAUUACUGAGCACAGCUACUAAUUCGCAGUUACAAAUCCUGCGCAUGAAAACUCAGUCCCCAAGAAAGUUUUUUCUAUCUACCAGUCAUGUCUUCCUGGUGGUCUGCUUCCUUCCUUCUGGAGGAGAGCUCACUUUCAUACUUUGCAGUCAAUCUUCGUCAUCCCAAUCCAGAGAUAUACUUUAUGAUCCGGUAUCAGUAACCAUUUGUCCAUCAGGGUUGUAUACGGCAGUCAAAGGCCUCCACCCUAAGGUAUAGCCUAUUUACAUGGGACCUUUUACAUGGGGCAAAACAUGUUUGUUUGUCAAUGGGCUAUCCCCUUCCAAUAUACAGGCAUGUGUAGUUGCUAGCAGAUGAUGAAUACUCAAAGACACAUAGAUAGCUGAACAUUCACUGAAAUCUCUUCAGAUCUCCUGUUCUCAGACGAGUGUAGAUGUAUGUUAAAUGCAGAGGAGUAAGCCAUUGCCUGUGGGCAGUCUGUGGAGAUUCGGGAUGCUUCCACACACAUCAGAUGGUCAACCAGUCUCACCAAAACCACAUGUUUGGCCAAAUUAUGGAGGCUUUAGGUGCCAAACAGGCUCCAGUACUGUUUGCAUUAGUUCUGCACUACCUUUUUCGCACACCUUAAAGCUGCGGCCUUUAUGUCUGAGACCAAUAGUAAUAACACCAGUAUCAAGAACCCACUUUAAUUCUUGACACCCCAAGUGAUUUUGUCAUGAGAUACUGUUAUAAUUCAGGGAUAUACCUAUUAGUAUUACCAGAGCGACUCUAAUCCACCUUCUUCCUGUGUUGUCCGUAUUGGUAGGUUGACAGUCUUUUAAAGGGGUAUUCCACUGACCAGUGUUGGGAACAUUUAGUUCCAUAUGCUGUGUGCGCAAUGCUGGGGUCGGUCAUGCCCCCUCAAUGCAAGUCUAUGUGAGGGGGCGUGGUAGCCACCACGCCCCUCCCAUAGACUUUCAUUGAGGGGGCAUGGCGUGAUAUCACAAGGGGGUAUGACCGACCCCCACAGCGCUCACACAGCAUUUAGAACUAAAAGUUCCGAACACUGGUCAGUGGAACACCCCCUUUCAGCUCGUGCGUCUUCAAUCCCUGCAGGAAUUUUCAGGCUCACAGCAAUUAUUGGGGCACCAGCAUACUGGCCUGCCAGAGCUGCCUGUUUAUGGGGGGCAGCAGUGUACUCCUGGGUGGUCUAUAUAGGAGGUCAGCUGAGGUACCUGUCCUGAGCAGCAUAAGUCAAUGUACCACCUCCAGUUCUCUUGCUGCAGUAGUCUAAUUUCAUGGUUUCUACCUUGUUGGUAGAUCUAGUAAUGAUUAACGUGACAAUAUUUGUCUUCUAUAGUGUACACUACACUAAAACAAAAUGUUUUGUGUUAGUUUGUGUAAAGCAUUGGAGGGGGGGGGGGGG